CCCAACACUGCAUCUUUUCCUUUCAUUUGAGUCCUCUUCCUUUUAUUUUUUAUCCCUUUUUUUUCCCCCCCCUGGGUCCGGAAAAAAUCCCAUUUAUUAAACAAAUAAAUACGGAAACACUAACCUCAGCAUUAGAAGACAAAUAUAAUAAUCCCGGGCACAAAAGGGAAACAACCGGAUUUAAUUACCAUUUGGAGUCCGCCUCGUCGCUCCGUAGCGGCAGCAGCACAAACCAGUGCUUCGUCAGAGUUCAGAUCCGGAAAAGAAGAAAAAAAAAAAAAAAAGAAAAAAGAGGAAAAAGGAAAAUGGCGGAGGCGCUCCGCUUCGUCUUCUUCUGAAAAGCAAUAUCGAUGGGCCAAAUCGCCUCCGCUCCCUCAUCCACCUCCUCUUCCUCUUCAUCGUCGCUCGGGCUCCGCACUAAACAACCCUACAGUUGCCCCUCCGGAGGGGUGACGGCGGUGGAGGAGGCGGAGGCGGCGCCGGCCAUGGCGGCGGAGGAGGGGGGGCGGGACCACACGGCGGAGCUGCCGGACGAGCUGCUAGCGGUGAUAUUCCACGGGCUGGGACCCGGCGACCGCAACCGGUGCGCGCUGGUGUGCCGGCGGUGGCUGGGCGUGGAGGGGCAGAGCCGGCGGCGGAUCGCCGUGGACGCCAGGGCGGCGCUGCUGGAGGCGGCCCCGGCGCUCUUCGGGCGCCGGUUCUGCGCCGUCUCGCGCCUCGCCCUCCGCUGCGACCGCCGCUCCGACAGCAUCGGCGACGCGGCGCUGGCGGCCGUGGCGCUCCGCUGCCCCGCCCUCACCCGCCUGAAGCUGCGCUCCUGCCGCUCGCUCUCCGACUCCGGCAUGUCCGGCCUCGCCGCCGCCGCCCCCGCCCUCCGCAAGCUCUCCGUCGCCUCCUGUUCCUUCGGCGCCCCGGGCGUCCUCGCCGUCCUCCGCGGCUGCCCGCUCCUCGAGGAGCUCUCCCUCAAGCGCCUCCGCGGCCUCGACUCCCCGCUCCUCCUCUUCGACGACGACGACGACGACAGCGCCGGCGACACCGCGGCGCCGGCCCCGGCCUCGUCCUCGCUCCGAUCCAUCUGCUUCAAGGAGCUGUACAACGCGCAGUGCUUCGCCCCGCUCAUCCUCGGCGCCCCCAACCUGAAGAGCCUGAAGCUCUUCCGCUGCUCCGGCGACUGGGACCCCCUCCUCGAGGCGCUCCCCGCCGCCGCCCCGGCGCUCGCGGAGGUCCACCUCGAGAAGCUCCAGGUCAGCGACCGCGGGCUCGCCGCCCUCGCCCUCUGCGCCGACCUCCACGUCCUCCACCUCGUGAAGACCCCCGAGUGCACCGACGCCGGCCUCGCCCCGCUCCUCGCCCGCUGCCGCCGCCUCCGCAAGGUCCACCUCGACGGCUGGAAGACCAACCGCAUCGGCGACCCCAGCCUCUCCGCCCUCGCCCGCGCCUGCCCCGACCUCCAGGAACUCGUCCUCAUCGGCGUCAACCCCACCGCCCGCAGCCUCGAGCCCGUCGCCGCCAAUUGCCGCGCCCUCGAGCGCCUCGCCCUCUGCGGCUGCGACACCUUCGGCGACGCCGAGCUCGCCUGCGUCGCCGCCAAGUGCGCCGCCCUUAAGAAGCUCUGCGUCAAGGGCUGCCCCGUCACGGACGUCGGAUUGGGGGCCCUCGCCGACGGUUGCCCUAAACUGGUCAAGGUGAAGAUCAAGAAGUGCCGCGGGGUCACUCCGGAGUGCGCCGAGUGGCUGCGGACCGUGAGGAGCUCGCUGGCCAUCAAUUUGGACACGGAUCUCAGCGCCGCCGAGUUGCAGGAAGGGAGUGUGAGUGAGAGUGGGGUUUUAGAAGAUGACGGCGACGACAAGCUGGUUCCGGACACGGUUGAUCGGAGCGAGCUCCCGACGAGUAGUACCAGUCGGCCGACGUCGCCGUGGAAGGCUCGCAUCAGCAGCAUGGUCGGGAGGAACUUCCUCGCUUCGGCGAUCCGAAGGUGGUCGCACGGGAGCAGCUGUUCCCGGAACUCAUGAAGGGCGCGGCGUGCCCCCUCCCCUUCGGCGUCUUGGUUUGUUUCUCCUUGACUACUUAAUUGUCUCGUCUCAAUCGCUGGUAACUUGUUCAUGCCUGUAGUGUUGCAUUGUAUUUCUAUAGUUGAUAUGAUCUUGUUAAGUUGCUCCCAAGGAUGUUAAUUGACUUCUCCAAAUCAGGGUUGAAUUAUCAGUAUCUUUGCCUCUCAUGAUGCAUUUCUUUUUGUCCACUGCAUUUUAAAAUUCACCUUCUUUCUUCUUAA